AUGUCAAAAAAACCGAAUAAUGCUGAAAAGGUGGUAAGAAUAAAAUAAGAAGAAAACAAUAAGAUUGAAAUGAUUUUUGCAGAUAAAUGAAAAUGAAAACAAACAAGGAGAGUUUGAAAAAAAUUUAACGAUUCGAACACCGACAAAAGGAAGAAGAAGUUCGAGUAUUAAAGGAGCUGCAGGUGCAAUGGUAAGUUAAUAAUAAUUGGGUCUCAAGAAGAAAUCGGGGCUAGAAUGAGCAAAUUUGAUUUUCAAAAUCAUGAAAAUGCUUUUCUCGCCAUGAAAUAAUUCAGAAUGAUUUAAUUUCGAAAAAAUAUGUGCCACGUGAAAAAAAUUUGAAAAAACAGGCGGCCCGAAAGAAAUAGGUCACGUCUGCACGCCCUUUUCUUUCGAAAAAUUUUAGGGCGAUCGGGACGAACAAUACAGUAAUCUCCUAAAAUGGUAUAUGAAUGUUUUACGCCCCCAUCUUUUUUAUUACGUGCCCCCACGGUCAUUUAUGGUUUCAUGCCCCCACUCAUUAUGACUUAUGCCCCUACCCAUCACUGAGCGUAGUGUAGUUCAGCUACCCAGGUAUUGUGGAUUAGCAAACCGACUACUGUAGAUUAGCAACCAGAUUACUGUAGAAGAGCGACCCAACUACUGUAGAUUAGCAACCCAAGUACUGUAGAUUAGCAACCCAAGUACUAUAGAUCAGCUACCUAGGUACUGUAGAAUGGGAACCCAAGUACUGUAGAUUAGUGACCCAACUGCUGUAGAUCAGCCACCCAGGUACUGUAGAUCAGCGGCCCAGGUACUGUAGGUUAGCAACCCAAGUACUGUAGAUCAGCUACCUAGGUACUGUAGAAUGGGAACCCAAGUACUGUAGAUUAGUGACCCAACUGCUGUAGAUCAGCCACCCAGGUACUGUAGAUCAGCGGCCCAGGUACUGUAGGUUAGCAACCCAGGUACUGUAGAUCAGCUACCUAGGUACUGUAGAAUGGGAACCCAAGUACUGUAGAUUAGUGACCCAACUGCUGUAGAUCAGCCACCCAGGUACUGUAGAUCAGCGGCCCAGGUACUGUAGGUUAGCAACCCAAGUACUGUAGAUCAGCUACCUAGGUACUGUAGAAUGGGAACCCAAGUACUGUAGAUUAGUGACCCAACUGCUGUAGAUCAGCCACCCAGGUACUGUAGAUCAGCGGCCCAGGUACUGUAGGUUAGCAACCCAGGUACUGUAGAUCAGCUACCUAGGUACUGUAGAAUGGGAACCCAAGUACUGUAGAUUAGUGACCCAACUGCUGUAGAUCAGCCACCCAGGUACUGUAGAUCAGCAACCCAACUGCUGUAGAUCAGCGACCCAGGUACUGUAAAAUAGCAACCCAAGUACUGUAGAUCAGCGACCCAACUACUGUAGAUCUGCUACCCAAGUACUGUAGAUUAGUGACCCAACUACUGUAGAUCAGCGACCCAGGUACUGUAAAAUAGCAACCCAAGUACUGCAGUAAUCUGGUUGCUAAUCUACAGUAUCUGGGUUGCUAAUCUACAGUACCUGGGUUGCUAAACAACAGUAGUCGGGGGUCUAAUAUAUAGUAGUCGGGACACUUAUCUACAGUAGUUGGGUUAAUUUUUAUCAAAUUCUAUUUUUUUGGCUUCAUUAAAAAAAAAAUAUAAAUGGUGACAUUUAAUAAAAUGUUGGCACGUUUCCGUGAAAAAUCCAACAAAAAUGAAUCAUUUCAAAUUUUAUGAAGUCGGAAAAAUGGUUGGAGUUCGAGUGAUGUGAGUUUCAUUGGGAAAACUGAGUCGUCAAUAGUUUUGAUCAUUCACAAAUAAUACAUUAUUCGGGUCGAUAAUCUACAGUACUUGGGUUGCUAAUCUACAGUACUUGGGUCGAUCUUCUACAGUAAUCUGGUUGCCAAUCUACAGUAGUUGGGUUGCCAAUCUACAGUAGUUGGGUCCCCAAUCUACAGUAGUUGGUUCCCUAAUCUACAUUACUUGGGUUGCCAAUCUACAGUACCUGGGUUGCUAAUCUACAGUAGUCGGGUUGCUAAUCUACAGUAGUCGGGUUGCUAAUCUACAGUAGUCGGGUUGCUAAUCUACAGUAGUCGGGUUGCUAAUCUACAGUAGUCGGGUUGCUAAUCUACAGUAGUCGGGUUGCUAAUCUACAGUAGUCGGGUUGCUAAUCUACAGUAGUCGGGUUGCUAAUCUACAGUAUCUUGGGUAGUUGUUGUGACAUCGGCUCAGAGUGGAAAAAACCCUGUGGGGGCACAAAACAUUCUGCUCCUGUGGGUGCAUGAAAAACAAGUGGUGGGGGCUUGAAAAACACUUGUUCCACAGUGGGACGUUUCGUGCACCCGGCGCAAUACAUUUUCACGCGUUUUGCGCCCCCACAAUAAAAAAAGUGUCCUGUUUUAUGCUCCCUAAAUUUUACGCCCCCACUGGUUGUUUCGUGCUCCCACCCUUUUUUGUGCCCCCAUCAAUAAAUGGGUGGGGGCAUAGGUGGGUGCGCGAAACAACUGGGUGGGGGUGAAAAACAGGGUGGGGGCGUGAAACGCAGAUUUACUGUAUAUUUGUAUAUUUGUUAAUUUACUGUAUAUUUGUUAAUUUUUAAAAUAAUCAAUGUUUGAGGAUGAAAGACAAGACAGCGAAUUCGAUCAACCUUUGCCUGGAUGUUUUCAAAAAGUAUCCAAAAUCACAAACGAUAAAAUCGAUGAAAAUCUGGCGAAAAUUCCAUAUUUCCAUGGUUUUCUUCUUCACGAAUAUCAACCAAUGAUUUUGAAAACAUUUGGAGAUUUUCUUAUUCGAGUUUCAAUUCGAUAUCCAAAAAAAGCUGGAAAAACAUCAAGAGAAAAGACUGUGAAUUCAAAUAAAGGCAAAAAAUCGAAAGAAAAAUCAAAAGAACAAUCAAAUGAUGGAUCGAUUAGAUUUAAUGUUAUUAUUGGAGUUUGUAUAAGUAAGUGUUUUUAUUUUUUUAUUUUGAAAUAUAAUUUCAUAAAUGAAUUUCAGAAGAUCAAGACAAAGAUAAAGUGGAUCAUUUGGAUGAAACAAAACAUGAAAUAAUUGAUGUUCCAAUGACAAUUGAACAAAACAUCGAUGGAAAAUGGAUUCAUUUUUAUAUCGAUAAAAAGAAAAAAUUUGGAUCAAUUGAAGAACUUACUGAUUAUUAUCGACAUUACACGGGAUUUUAUCGAGAUAAAAAGUUUAGUCUUUAUAAAGGAAUUCCAAUGACAUCUUGGGAAUUGGAUAGAACACAUGUGGAAAUUGGAACAAAAACAUUAGGAGAAGGUGCUUUUGGUGAAGUCAAAUCUGGAACAUGGAAAUGUACAAAUUCGGAUUCGAGAGAAACAAAUACACCAUUACCAGUUGCUAUCAAAAUGGUAAGAUUUGUUAGGGAAAAAUGAUACGAGGUUUAUUGAGCCUUUUUUGAAAUUUCUUGUAAGCCAAAAAUACAGUAAUCCAAGAAAUUUUAAAAUGUUUUUUGAUUUCUUCAAUUUGUUGUUUUUUUCAGUUGAAAGGCGAAGAAUCAAAAGUGGCAAUGAAAGAAAUGAUGCACGAAGCUCGUCUUCAACUUUGUCUUCGCCAUAAAAAUGUUCUCAAAACAUAUGGAGUUUGUAUUCUCAAAACACCAUUUAUGAUUAUUAGCGAGUUUUGUGAAAGUGAGUCUUGUCCUUUUUUUUCUCCAAAAAAUUCAUUUUUUUUUGUUCAGAUGGAGCUUUGCGUGAAUAUUUGAAGAAAAAUAAAGUUGAUAUUGAAGAUAAACUUCGUUUUUGUCUUGGUUCUGCACGAGGUGUUGAUUAUUUGCAUGGAAAAUGUUUGAUUCAUCGUGAUUUAGCGGCUAGAAAUGUUUUAUUAAAUGAUGCAAAAGUUCCAAAAAUUGCUGAUUUUGGUUUAGCUCGUUAUGGAAAUAGUUAUAAAAUGUCAAGUGUUCAAAAAACACCAAUAAGAUAUUUGGCACCUGAAACUCUUCAAUCAUAUAAAUUCACACAAAAAACUGAUGUUUAUACAUUUGGAUUAGUAAUGUGGGAAAUAUUUGAAAAUGGACAAGAACCUUAUGUAAAACCACAACAACAUAUGGAAAGUAUUGUUCCAAAAAAUGGAACAAUUCGAGUUGGACAUUUGAAAGAAGUUAUGAAAAAUGAUUUAUGGAUCAAAUUCAAUUCAGAAACACCGCCAACACUACAAACUUUUAUCGCCGAAAAAGUUUUUGUUUAUGAUGAGAAGAAAAGAGUCACAAUGAUUGAGGUUGUGGCAUUGUUGAAAACAUUGGUUCGAAAAGAUCAGAGCUAUUUGAAGGAUACAAUGGCAACACAAACUGUUGGAUAA